AUGAUUCCCUGGCUUAAGCUCAAGACGUAUGCCAACUUUCCAGAAGCACCUCAAGAGGAGGCUUCUCUCAGCAAUAGGCUCAAGACGUAUGCCAACUUUCCAGAAGCACCUCGAGGGGAGGCUUCUUUCAGCAAUAGGCUCAAGACGUAUGCCAACUUUCCAGAAGCACCUCGAGGGGAGGCUUCUUUCAGCAAUAGGCUCAAGACGUAUGCCAACUUUCCAGAAGCACCUCGAGGGGAGGCUUCUUUCAGCAAUAGGCUCAAGACGUAUGCCAACUUUCCAGAAGUACCUCAAGGGGAGGCUUCGUUCAGCAAUAGGCUCAAGACGUAUGCCAACUUUCGAGAAGCACCUCAAGUGGAGGCUUCUCUCAGCAAUAGGCUCAAGACAUAUGCCAACUUUCCAGAAGCACCUCAAGAGGAGGCUUCUCUCAGCAAUAGGCUCAAGACAUAUGCCAAGUUUCCAGAAGCACCUCAAGAGGAGGCUUCUCUCAGCAAUAGGCUCAAGACGUAUGCCACCUUUCCAGAAGCACCACAGGAGGAGGCUUCUCUCAGCAAUACGCUCAAGACGUAUGGCACCUUUCCAGAUGCACCACAGGAGGAGGCUUCUCUCAGCAAUAGGCUCAAGACGUAUGCCAACUUUCCAGAAGCACCUCAAGAGGAUGCUUCUCUCAGCAAUCGGCUCAAGACGUAUGCGAACUUUCCAGAAGCCCCUCAGGAGGAGGCUUCUCUCAGCAAUAGGCUCAAGACGUAUGCGAACUUUCCAGAAGCCCCUCAGGAGGAGGCUUCUCUCAGCAAUAGGAUCAAGACGUAUGUCAACUUUCCAGAAGCAACUCAAGAGGAGGGUUCUCUCAGCAAUAGGAUCAAGACGUAUGCCAACUUUCCAGAAGCCCCUCAAGGGGAGGCUUCUCUCAACAAUAGGCUCAAGACGUAUGCCAACUUUCCAGAAGCACCUCAAGGGGAGGCUUCGUUCAGCAAUAGGCUCAAGACGUAUGCCAACUUUCCAGAAGUACCUCGAGGGGAGGCUUCUUUCAGCAAUAGUAAACACGACCAGUGGCUUGACUUCCUUCAGGCAACUCCAGAGAUGCCCCGAGAACACUGUCCCAAAUCCAGAGGAACACCAACUUUGGCACAGCAACUCGAGGAAUGCUCCGUGUACCCCAAAUCGUCUCGAGAUGAGAGCUGA